UUCAAUUUUCUUCGUAAUUUCUUACGAUCUUAAAGAACUGGUUUAUCUGCCAAGUCGAUAAUGGAGUAAUAUUCGCAGAGCCGCUGUGUGAUUGUUGCGAAACGAAAACGCAGCAAAAAUGGGACAAAGGAGACGCGCUCAGUGGCUGGAGCGCCAUGUGAAAAUCCUCUUCGUUGCUCUAUCGCUUGUUUUUUGGAGAACUGUUUGGGCACAAAUACGCUACUCGAUUUCUGAGGAGCAAAAGGACGGAGCUGCUGUGGGAAAUGUUGCGAAGGAAUUGGGUAUUGAUCACAGAACCUUAAAGGAACGAGGAUUUCGCAUCGUCUCGUCCUCAGGCGAGUCACUGUUCAGAGUAAAUCCGAAUGACGGCAUCUUGUAUGUGAACGGUAAAAUAGACAGAGAGGAGGUGUGCGAGAGAAGCACCCCGUGUUUAAUCAAUCUGAAAAUCGCUUUAGAAAAUCCUCUCGAGAUUCAUUACGUGACGGUUGAUAUUGUAGACGUGAAUGAUCACGCUCCAAGAUUCCCGGAGCAGAAAAAGCAUUUAGAAAUAAGUGAAACGGUUCUUCCCGGUGCGCGAUUCCAACUCCAAGCAGCGCGCGAUCCAGAUAGCGGCAGUAAUUCAGUUCAGAUUUAUAAACUGAGCCACACAGAUUAUUUUCGUAUUGAAAUUGUAGAUCGAGAUAGAAGACGGAAAAGUUCCCGUGUUGGUUUUGCAAAAGCCGCUUGACCGAGAGAUAACAAAACGUAUGCAAAUGCAACUGACUGCUUUAGAUGGAGGCAAGCCGCCAAA